CGCAAUUGCAGUUCAGCUUCAGUUGCCAACCAGUCCAAUGUGAUUGAAAUUUUAGUGGAGGGUUGUUUAUUACAAUAAAGUUUUCGCAGAUUUGAUCGCUGUUUUGAAAUCCAAAAUAGUGCGAUAAUUAUUCGUUGUUUGAAUGCUGAUAGAAGAUGUGUUGAACUCUGGUUAAGAACUAAACUAUUUAUGUACAAACACAACACGCUGUAAAAAUUUAUGAAAUUAUCGAUUAGUUGUAACUACUUCACUUUUCAGAGGAAUUUCCUCGGGUAUACGUCAGGAAUUUUAACGCGGUGAUUUUACAUAAGUCCUGCAUAAUAACUGUGAUCCCAAUCAGAGGCUAAGAUUAAUAAAUUAUCCACAAACAUUCUGUUUGGUAAUAGUAAUUACGUCAACUCUCGACGUUUACCAUCAGUCUUGUUAAUGAAGUGCUGUGCGAUAUCCACUAAAAAUAGCAUUCACUUCGACCGAAACUUUUUUGUUGAUCGCACGCCAACCAAUUAAUUUGAAGGCAGACGCCGCAAACUAUGCGCUUAGAUGAACUGGUAGCUUGGUACCAGAAGAAAAUAGGCACAUACGACAAGCAGCAAUGGGAGAAGACAAUAGAACAGAAAAUCCUGGCUGGCAUUACGCAUCUGCCGCUGAAAAACACAAAGCUAAAAACAGAGCUUAUAGAUGUUGACCUAGUUCGCGGAUCAACAUUUCCCAAAGCAAAAUCGAAACUAUCGAUUCUAACUGUCGUCUAUUUGGCAGCCUUAAGAUUGCUGUUUCUGCCGGUGUAUGCCAAAUGGUGGGUUCAACAGACCUCACCAAAGGUUUUUAUCCUACUGCUCACGUUGUACCUCCUGCAAAUGGUUAACCUUGGAAUCUACAGCUAUAAUGUGAAUAAGCCGGGUAUGAACCAGGAAGAGCACAUCGUUUCCAUAACCGAUUUCCUAAUUCCAUUGGCUCUCAGUUUAUUAUUGAGUGUCAUACACUCACAAAUCGUGGCCACUGCCUCAAAUAGUGGCAAUCUAUGUCAUGAACUAAAAAAUUGCUAUUUGCAUUCGGCAAUGAAAAAAAGAGAGCGUAUACGCAAAAGGCGCCGGACUCGAGCAACUUUUGGAGGUGUGAAUGAUAGCACUACGGUGAAAGCACCCCACGAUGAAAGAAAUUUACAAAAAGCCAAGAAUAUUUGCCCCACAGCCCCAAAGUCCCCUGCUGGAUCACCCCGGCGAGCCGUUCAAAAACAGGGUGCAUGUAGUACCAGUAGCAGUACUAGUAGUGAAGCCUCAAACUAUCAAAAAACUGAUAUUAUCAAACAAUCUGUAGGACAUAUCAGUGCGGAUCAAGUUAUGGAAAAACACAAGUCAGAGAAUGCGUCUGCGAAACAGAACACUACUAAAGAUUUUACUCAGGAGAAGAUAGAAUAUAAGAAAGUGCAAAACGGAACGUAUCAGUUGGAACAAAAUGCUUACACAAGUGAAGAUGCUUUUUUAACUCGAAGCAGUCAAACGAAUGGUACGUUCGAACCAAACAUUGUCAAAAGUUUCAACAAAAGCGAAAGCCCUGCUCAACCGGCACCAGAUUGUUCGCUGCGACGACGUAAUGUUAACUGGGAUCCUCAAAUGCGCGUAAAUUCUCGAACCAGCAAUGGUAAUGAAAUCCCCGUUGAUGACGACGGCUUCGAAAGCCUGAAUGGGAAAAGUUCCGGAGGGGAAGACAGUUCUAAUGCAGGCAUAACGGAAGAAGCUUAUUUCAAAAAGCUACCAUACACAAAUACUUGGAUCGACGGCGUACCACCACAAGUCGACAAAGAAACUCGUUCCGACAGUGAUACCGAUACUCUUCGAAACAAUUGUAACGGUCAAGAACUAUCGUCGAAAACAGCUGCCGCAUCGGCACAUUCAAGCAAACCCCGCCAACAGUUGUCAUCCGAAUCUGGUAUAGAGGUGCAACGAAAUGAAUCAAAUAAGUCGCUGUUGAAUCAAAUGGGACCGAGUGAUGCAAAAGUGGAUAGUGUUUUCGACGAAAAACUAGAAUCCAGCGGUGACACCGAUGAAGAGAACGAUUUCGAUCUGCACAAUAGCGAAUCUAGUCAGCACCAUCUCCAUCAUCAUAUGCAUCACAACCAUUUCCACCACCAUCAACAUUUGUCAGAAGGUACGCUCGAGAACCGUUGUAGGAAUUUAGCCAACACAGAUAGUGAAGAAUGCGGUUAUAGCUCAGAUCUCAACCAUACAGACGGCCAAAACGAACACUCCGAUGACGAUUAUGACCUCGAAGAUGCACCAACCAUAAUUUUGAAUCCUCCAUGUGGAGCUAACGAUAGAGUUAGUUGCACUAUCUGGGAUGCUCGAGAAGCAAAGAAGGCGGAAAUGUCCGUCCUGGACAUCUCGUCUGCAAUUAUAGAACGCGUCGAAGCCAUGCCUGAGACCUGUGAUUACGUCUACAUUGGCGUUGCACUUAGCGUCAUCCUGUCGCUCAUACCUGCCUUCUGUCGACUUUGCGAAGCAAUUGUUGACUCAGAGAAUGUCACUGAGAUAAACUUUCUAGAAAUGCCGGUACUCUUGCUCGAAAAAGCUUCUUUUUCCUGCAUUACGAUUCUGCGGUUUGCUUUCGGUGAAUCCACCUGGGAAAAGACUGUCCUGAUCAUAGGCUUCAUGCUGCGACUGUGUCUGACCUACCUGAUGUUUUUCUUGCUGGCCGUAGCGGAACGUACUUUCAAGCAACGUUUUCUAUACGCUAAACUAUUUUCACAUCUUACAUCCUCGCGUAGAGCUCAGAAGUCCGGUAUUCCCCACUUUCGAUUGAACAAGGUGCGCAAUAUUAAGACUUGGUUGUGCGUGCGGUCCUAUCUGAAACGACGAGGACCGCAAAACUCGGUUGAUGUGAUCGUGUCGGCUGCAUUCAUUACCACGUUGCUUCUGCUGGCGUUCCUGAGCGUGGAAUGGUUGAAGGACUCAGUGCACUUGCACUCGCAAUUUAAUCUGGAAGCACUAGUAUGGUCCUGUGCCUUCGGAACUUUCCUGUUACGCUUUAUGACACUGGGUACUAAGAUCAACAAAAAAUACAAAAGCGUGUCAGUGCUAAUUACAGAGCAAAUUAACCUAUACGUACAAAUCGAACAAAAACCAAAUAAAAAAGAGGAGCUUAUGAUAUCUAAUAAUGUUUUAAAACUCGCAGCUGAUCUCCUCAAGGAGCUGGAAUCGCCGUUCAAAAUAUCCGGCCUGAGCGCAAAUCCUUACCUCUACACCACGGUAAAGGUGGUGAUCCUGUCGGCACUUUCGGGGGUUCUCAGUGAGAUGCUUGGCUUCAAACUCAAACUUCAUAAGAUUAAAAUUAAGUAAAAACAGAUAAUAAUUUCGAAUUAUUACACUAUUAGGCAAAAAAGUAGCGUAGAUUUCUGUCUUGUAGAGAGGCCUAUUGAAGAAUAGCAAAAGUACUUUCCUGGUGAUCAAUAGAGAGUUAGUAAAUGAUAAGCAAAUAGAUGAAAUUAUUUAGCCUAAUCUACUCCCAAUUCAAAGUCAUCAUCAGUUAUGAUGAAUAGAGUAGGCUUGUAGCUCCUAUUGUCGACGGUAUUCGUCAAUGUUGUAACCUGACCCCUGACAGCGACGACUGUCGAUAGAUUUUUAGCAACCCGUGAAAAGUUGUAUUUUUUGAUGAACUAUUUUGUCGAAACGUUAAGUGAGAAAGUUAUAUUAGAUGUAUAUGUCAGUGUUUUACGAUGUAAGACUAAAGCUGUGCUGAGAUUAAACUAUUCAUUGUUUAAAAGAUCUAA